AUGGGGUGCCAUUUAAGUAAUAGCACAAAGGGUUUUUCAUUGUUUCCUUUCAGAUCUGGUAACAUAUCUCCUAAAAAUCAGUUCAGUUUUGACGAAGGAAGUAAACAACCUGAGUUAUCCGGGUCCCAACUUAUCGAACGUUUGUCUAGCCUUGAAGGUCAACAGACUAAUAUCUCCGAGAAACGUCAAAAGUUCCAACAGCGCCGUCAGAGGGAUGAUGCCAGGACACGCACACAACCCGUGACAUUACAGGAAAUACAGCUUGCUGACAGUUUGGAAACAGUGAAGAAGUUCAGGUCCGAGGUCAUCCAGAAAUCGUCAACAAACGUUUUUGAAGCUCUUCAAAAAGAAGAGAGACAAGCACCUGCAAAAAAGACCGAAUUUCCACAAGAGUUACGCCUAGAGCGUCGUUCAAGAGGUCAGCGUCAUAAAACGUUGCCCGUCACGGCAGCAGAGCUUAAUGCUAUCCCAGAGGACAAACCAUCAGAGACCAUGAAUUCACUUAAAAAGAAGUUUGAUUCGUUUGGUGCUAGAGACUCCAAGGCAGAUUCCGGAAUUCUGAGUGGAUCUGAAGGUGAAAUUAUAACGCAAGAAAUCGAGAGCUGGCGAAGCUUGAGUGUUGAGGAAAAUAUUGGCGAAGAUGAUCCGGUUAAACUUAGCGUUUCUGCAAAAGCUUCCAUGUUUCAUCAGAUACAGGAAUCGUUAAAGGAGAGACAGGAGAAGAAAUCGGCGAGUGGUGCGAAGCGCUACAUUGAUCGUAAAAAGCGGGAAAGGUCAAGGACACUGCCAAUCACGGAAGAUGAGGUGAAAUUGGCUGCUGAGAUUGCUGAUAAAGAGGAAGAAGAGGCAAAGAAAGCGGAGGAAACUCCAGUCACCAUAGGGACUGAAGAAGCAGAAGUUGACUCGGAUGAGUUGUCAAGACAAAGUUUAAAAGAUAAAGUAAAGUUGUUCACAUCUAUAGAAGAGGAUAAGAAAGCCAUUGCAGCGAAGAAAGGACUUCCGCCGCCACCGAAACGGAAAAACCGAAAACUUGCAUCCAGAUUUGCUACUCAGCCCGUCACUUUUGAAGAAGUAGAGAAAGCUGCAAAGAUCUCGCCUCUGGCAUGUAGUCUGGUGAAACCUCCAGACCCAGAAAUUCUCUCGGGACUCUCAGUGAAGGCCCAGAGAGAGUUGAUAGCCCAGCAUGCUCAACAGACUCUGUCACAGCCCAGCUCGCGCUCCAGUUCCAGGGUGCCAUCCCGAGCUACCUCCAUAGGUGACCUGAGUACUGAGUUUAUUAAUAAAGAUUCCCUGACAGCAACAAAUACAAACAUAAACCAGAACAACUCGGCCGUAGAAGUUAGUUUGGAAACUGUCAGACCCUCAGAUGUCAGAGUGAAAGGUUUUGAAGUGAAAAAACAAGAGGAAUCCGUUCAGGUUCAUUCGUCACAAACUGUCGGAAAAAUCACCACCAGCAAACUAGACUCUCAGAAAAAGAAUAUUCUGAAAUCGCAGCUGGAGGAGAAGUUGUCGCUGCUUCAUAAAGCUCCUAUUGGAUUAAAACCGAAUUCCGACGUUGUUCCAACAAUAAGUGAUAUAAACAAAGCUUUACAUAAAACUCAGUCUGUUGAAAUUUCCAAAUCAAGUGAGGUUAGAGGAAUACUUAAGAAAGAAGGAAGUUUCGAGACUCGGAAGAUGGACGUUGAGACAGUAAGUGCAAUAAAAUGUUCGGAACUGACUACUGAGACAGUGGAAGAGGUUGAUAGUGAAGGGAAUGUUGUUGAAGGGCUUGACUCAUCAGGGGAUAAUUUAGAUAGUGAUGAAGCACCAGUUGACAGUGAGGGUGAUAAAAUAAAAGUGGAUACUCCUGUGAAAAGAGGCAGCAAAGCUCGGAGAAGAUUCAACAGGGAUAGGAAAUUAGAGCAAGAGAGAUAUAAAACUCAGCCCACAGAAGGCAGCGUUGAAAGUGCUGACUCCAGUAGGGUAAAGAAGAAAUAUACAGGCCGUCAUUUCACACAACCUGUCACACCUGAUGAAAAAGAGGAAGCUGAAAUUGCCACAGACAUGCCAGAAAUUACAAAAACUGGAUCCAUACAUGACAGACUGAACGCAUUGAAGAAGAGUGGUGAUGAAGAAUGGAAGAAGCGCGUUUCUCGUCCCAUAGACCUAGAUAAAUUAGACAGACGAUCAGCUAGUCCAGAAUUAACUCCGCCCACUAUUGUCAAAAUGAGAGAAAAGAAAGGCUUGGACACACCCAGACCGUCAAGUAUAGCAGAUAGACUGUCCGCGUUAGAUAAUGCACAGGAAGGAUGGAGGGACCGAGUCGGAGAGACAGAUGUGAAAAAGUUCACGAUUGAACAUAAAAUUUCAGGUCAGACUGUAGGUGAAAGCCCAUUGGUUAGUAGGUUACGAGGGAAAACGCCCCGCAAGGAACGCAGUCAAGACUCCGAUACUAGUGAAAAUUCUGAUCUUAUAUCACCCACGUCCCCGACAAAGCCCCUCCCAAAGGAGGUUGUGUGUGCAGAUCUGCCUACUGAAAUGCUGGUACAAGAGAGUCAGUCCCCAUUGGCAAAGUUCACGGCAGUGGAGGAAGAAAAAAGCAGCUCUACAGUUGCUGUACCAGAAGUAGGGGCAGAGUUAGAUAGCUUCUUCCAAACCAGUGAAAAAGUUUCCAUAAAAUCUGAAGAACUAGAUGUCUCAGUCGAUGAUUUUAAUGAGUUAUUUUUGGAAGCAAAUGACAUGCUUGAGACCACAAGAAGAGUAAAACCAAAGAGGCGUUACAACACAAAAAGUAGAAAUCCACUUAAAACAAUGUCCGCAUGUUUAGAGGUCAAAUCUGAGUACACAGAGGUUAUUCAUGGUGUGGCAGAGAGGGAGUUAAAGAGUGUCAAAGUUGCAGCAUUGCAACAGAACUCUGGCUUCGCUGUGGAGGCAUUGGCAGGACUUGCUAGCAAGGAGAAUUUUUCCAAGGUGGAGUUACGAAAGACAGAUUCUAAUGGGGCUGGUUCCUCAGGAUCUAACUCAAGACUGGAACCAUAUCUUCCUCUAAUGCUCAUACAUAUCAAAGGCCGAAGAAAAGUGCAAUGUCGCUUAGUCGAGCCAAAGGCGGAGUCAGUUAACAGUGGUGAUUGUUAUGUACUGGUAACGCCAGACAAAAUUAUUAACUGGGUCGGUGAUUACUGCAAUGUGAUAGAAAAAGCCAAAGCUGCAGAUGUCUGUGAUUUUAUUAAACAAAAACGUGAUCUUGGUUGUAAACAAGCCCGAGAAGUAACCAUCGUGGAGGAGAAGAAAGGCAGGCUGGGUAAUGCUCGCCAUUUCUGGGAUCUUCUCGGCGGUCAUAAACCUUAUAUGGCAUCUGGCCCCACAGAGGAGGAUGAACUUUAUGAAAGCCAUAUUGUAGAAACUAACAUGAUUUACAAGCUCGAGGAGAAUAAACUGGUUCCCGAACAAGAAUACUGGGGGAACCAACCCAAAUAUGAAAUGUUACAUUCUAGUCAGGUGUUUGUAUUUGAUUUUGGAAGUGAGUUGUAUUUAUGGCAAGGUAAAGCUGUGCCUCCGAAUCAGCGUAAGAUUUCCCUCAAACUUGCUCAACAGUUGUGGAGCCAGGGGUAUGAUUACAGUAAAUGUGAGGUCAAUCCUGUAUCCCCAUUAAGAACUGAGGAUGAAGGAGGAGCACCUUCUGUAUGUGAUAAGAGGCCAGACUGGGCACUGUUUGGCAAGGUCAAUGAGAACAUGGAGACUAUAUUGUUCAGAGAGAAGUUUGCUGAUUGGCCAGAUACUUCAAGGUUGAUUAAGGUCAAAAGUCAAGAAGAGGUCAAUACUACAAAGUUUGACCUUGCUGACCUGAAGGCCUAUGAUGCUACAUUGAUGGUACCAGUUGAUACAAAACCGGUUUCCAUGGCGCUAGAAGGAUCUCACGUUGGUAGAGGUACAAAAUGGGAACAAGACAUGGAUGGCUUCAUACAAGAGCAGGAAAUUCAAACACGUAAAGUCCGCGUGUGGCAUGUGUUGGAAUACGACCAUUAUGAAAUAGAAGAUCAUAGUUACGGCCAGUUUCACGAGGGCGACACGUACGUUGUACGAUGGCAGUACAUGAUUGUUAAUGCGGGUAUGAAAAGUUUAAAGGGGAACGCUUCAAGAUUUUCUCAGAUGGGCAGAGAGAGAUGUGCGUACUUCUUCUGGCAGGGCAAAAGUUCAACCAUUAAUGAAAAAGGGGCCUCUGCGCUCAUGACCGUAGAGUUGGAUGAAGAAAGAGGGCCUCAGGUUCGAGUCUCAGAAGGAAAGGAGCCACCUUGCUUUCUGAACCUGUUCAAGGGUCGGACAAUUAUUCACAUCGGAAAACGCGAGGAGGAGGAGACAAAUACUCAGGGGCCAUGGAGAUUUUAUUGUCUAAGAAACGAAUACGAAAAUGAAAUGUGUUUAAUUGAAGUGCCUAAAGACAUUAGUAAUUUACGCAGUGUUUCUUCUUGUAUACUACUCAAUGUUGUGACUGGAAAGAACGGGUGCACGAUGAGUCACCGGGAAAAUACCAGGGAAAUAGCAAAGAAAUUGAGCAUCUCUGAGGUAGAGGAAGGUCAAGAACGUACAGAUUUCUGGAGAAUGGUCAAUGUACAUAUAGGUGACCGGUCUAAAUAUCACUGUCUACUCGACAACCCCAAGUCUUUCAACCAUACAUUACGAUUAUUUCACAUGACUAGUGUGUCCGGUAUAUUUGAGGCACAUGAAAUUCUGAAUCCAACACGUACACCGGAACUACCAACAAAGUUUCCAGCCCUCCAGACAGAUCUUUACAUGGCUCAGCAACCAAGCUGCUGUUCCGUAGUUCGAGAUCCUGCCACUUGGGGUCCAAAAUCUUCUCACUGUGAGGAAGCACAUCCAGCUGGCUUAGCGAAGGAUGGUAAAACAGAAGGAGAACUGGUGCCUGUACAAGAUCUUCUUAAAAAAUUAACCAAGACGAGAUACACGUUUGCCGAGCUUCUAGAAACUCCCCUUCCAGAGGGUGUGGAUCCAUUAAAACUGGAAUCAUACUUAUCUGAUCAGGAAUUUGAGGCUGUGUUAGAGAUGACCAGAGAAGAAUUUUACAAUCUACCUGGCUGGAAACAACAGAAAUUAAAACAACAAGUGGAACUGUAUUAAAAGUGUAAAUCUCACCAAAAAUAUGGAAACAUAUGAGGGUCAUUUCUUAACCUGACAUAGAACAUAGCUAUAUGAGAACUAUGUAGACUUUUUGUGGACAUCAUCUAAAAUGUUCAAGAUGCCAGAAAUUUAUCAUCAAGAGUUAUGUUAAUUAAGGAGAUAGGAAAUGUUUGUUCAGUGAGAGAAUUUGUACUUACAGUUGAGUUCACAGUAAAGGUUACAUGAAAUGCACUUGGCAUGCACUACAUGUGCACCUGUAGUGCACUUUAAUAUGAACAUAAAGUGUACCUGUUCUAUUCUUGACUCUGAAUAUUGAAGAUAUAAAGACAUUGUCAUUUUACUAAAUUCAAGCAAUGAUUUAAGUGCUUAUGUCUGUUCAGAGCUUGUCAAUAUCAAAGGAUGACAGAAUUGUUAAAGAUUUUCAAGUUUUUCAGUCUCAUAGUGUUUGGUUAUCACACUGACAUUUAUUUUUCUUGGCUUUGAAAGUUUAAAGAUGUAUCUUUUAAUAUGUGCAAUAACAUUUUUUUAGUUUUUGAAGCAAUUUCAAUAAAUUGCAUUGUGAAUUCCAUUAUUACAUUUAUCAAGUUGUAUGCAAGGAGUUAGGACAAUGCCAGAAAAUGUAUUCCCACUGGCUGUAAAUAUAGAAAUGUGUAAAAAUUAAAGGCAGUGACAUUUUUGCUUUGCACAACAUGGGAAGCAUAAUUUAGCCUUUUGUUACUCACUGCGGCUGCUAUGUGGCAAGUGGUUACCCCACCCAUUAGCACAUAAUUAUAUGCAGUGUUAUACACAUUUUUAUACCUCUGUGUGUGUGUGCAGUAUUUAAAAUAUUCAUUGAAGAUAGGACAAGCAAUAUCUGUCAUAGAAAACACAAUGAUUUUACUGAUUUGUUUUUAACUUAUAUUCUUUUUGGAAAAAAAACACGAACAUUUUUUAAAUCUUGUAUAAAUACCAUUUCAAAUUUAUUAUCAUAUAUUUUUUUCUCCAAAAAUGGAAUAAAAAAGGCAAUAUUUUUAUAUCAUGUAUAUUUUUGGAAGAAAAAAAAAGCCCAACUCCUAGUCUUUUUCAUCAGAUUUUUAAAAAAAUUGUAUGCUCCUAUUUGCUUUUGGAAUAUAAUAAAAAAUAUUGUGUUUACUUGUUUGCCUUUACUGCCAUAUUGUGUAUUAAAUUGCAAUGCUCAACAUGCAUUUGAAUCCUAUGUGCGUUUUAUGUGUUAACACGCAAUAAAAACAUCACUUGAUGAAGGAUUGAAGCAUAUAUUCAUCAUCUACACAUAUGUUUUUUUCUCUGAUAUAUAUUUAUAUAAAAAAAGUUCUUAAGUCAAUUUAUCACAUAUCUAAAUAUUAAAGAACAUAUUUUUUUAAAAAUGACAAUAAUUUAAGUUUCUUAAGUUCAAAGAUUUUUAUUCAGUGCUUUGCAAAUGUUUACAUAAUUUGCAGGAAAUGAAGUUUUUUUAAACACACUGCUUAAAAAAAAGCAACAGCAACAUUUAUGCGGAUAUUUAAAGCCUUACAUAUUAUGCCUUAAUGAUUAUUUUCUUAUGUAAUUGGCCUAAUUUGCUUCCUUUUGGAACUAUAUCAGACAUAUUAUUUCUUAUGUAAUGCUUGCUAUUAAUGGAUAUAUUUUUAUAGUUAAAAUAAAAAUUUAGUUUUUACAAAUAUAGAUUAUAGUACAUUUUUAGUAGUAUUGCUUUGAACUAGUAGAAAAAGCCUGUGAUAUUCUUUAUUCUGUAAGAUAUAAUAUUAUAUUUCUGCAAUAUAUAUCCGUAGAACAAAACAAUGUCUUCAACUUUUUCAUAAAAUGCAAUAUGUUGUUACUUCUUUAAAGAUAUCUUUUAAACAUAUCAAGGGGAGUGGAUAACUUAUUUCUUGUUAAUGUUUAUUGGAAAAUAUCCCUUCUUUUGUAUGAACUUUUGUAUUUACUGAUUAAUUAGUAAAUAUUUAAAAGGAUAUUUAAAAAGUAAUUGUUUUGAGUCAUAUUUGAAAAUGGAAUAAGUAUUUCACAUUAUUGAAUUCCAUGAUUCACAUUUUGUUUCAUGUAUUUUGAAACAUAUUUAACAGUUAAUGAAUGUUUCACAUAAUUUGAACCUUCUUAAGCAGUAUUUUACAACAUAUUUCUCAAAGAAUACAACAUUUGACAAAGAUGAUUACUUGUAUAUCUGUUCACAGAGGGAAAAAAAGAAUUGUUUUUGGGGAAAAAAGGAUAACUUUUCUUGAUUUGUGAAAUAAAAGAAAUUUUUAUUGUUAUUCAAUAUGUCAUAUCUGGCUGUGUUAUGAAUAAAAUAUGUCAUGUGACUGUCAUGUGACUAUGCUGUGUGUAUAUAGAAUUGCCGUUAUCCUGUAAAAUUGUUUAAUAAAUGACCGAGAGAUUUCUGUUUGAUUGUUUGCUUAAUUUAUUAGAAAAAAAUUGUGUGACAUUGUUUUUGUUAAUGUUUUUUUCCUUAAAUUAAAUAAAAUCUGUGUUUAACAUAAUAUUAUAUAUGCAUGUAGAUUUGUGUAACAGCUUUAAAGACAUAUAUUGUGUUCAAUAACGUGUAGUGUAUCCUGUGACAUACAUAGAAAACAUGUAGUUUUGUAUAAAAAAAAUUUAAAAUGUACAUUUCCUGUACAAAGAAUAUGUAAAUAUAUUUUUUCUUUGUGUAUGAAUACUGUAGACAAAAGUUUGAAGAGUUAAAGAAUUACUAAUCUAGAGCUGUACCAUAUUGUAAAUAUGUAUUAGAAAUCAAUUUUUGUACAGUUAUUUACAAACCGCGCCAGUGCUUUGAUUUAGCAAAAUGUUAAUAUCAUUAUGUAUCUUCCAUGAAUAAAUUAAAUGCCAUCAAA